AUGGCAUCUCCCAAGAUCACCCUCUAUUUUGACAUCGUCAGCCCUUUUGCAUACAUUGCCUUCUAUGUCCUGAAGAACUCGCCAACUUUUGCCAAGUGUGAGGUUAACUACGUGCCUAUUCUUCUGGGUGGCUUGUUCAACCAAUGCAACAAUACACCACCCAUCAGUAUCAAGAACAAGAGCCAAUGGAUAAACACGGAGCGCAGAAGAUGGGCAAAAUAUUUCUCAGUGCCUAUCUGUGAUGACACACCGGAGGGCUUCCCGCCGCGCACUUUGACAGUUCAGCGGGCUCUCUGCGUUGUCUCGCAGCAGGCUCCCACAAAGCUGCCCUCUGUUAUUGAGGCGCUGUACCAUUCGUUCUGGGUCCAGUCAAACUCCAAGAUUGGUGAGCCGGAAGGUUUUACACCGAUUUUUGAGAGUGUCCUUGGACAGGAGGCUACCAAGGAUGUCAUUUCUGCCAUCACACAGCCUGAGAUGAAGGCAGUGCUGAACUCCAACACUGACCGUGCAUUUAAGGAAGGAGCCUUUGGUAUCCCAUGGUUCGAGUGUACAAACACGGCAGGCGAGACUGAAGGCUUCUGGGGCAUUGAUCAUUUGGGACAAGUGGUUGACUUCCUGGGGCUGGAUCGCAGCCGGGACCCGGGGUUCAGGGCAUUGCUGUAA